AAAAAUUUUUUUUGAAUGAAUGAAUGAAGUUUAGCAGAUAGAGAAUCAGAGUUAGGUUAAGUAACUUGGGUAGAAGGUCCCUGUAAUAGUGACAGAGCUGAGACUCAAGAUGGUGUCUUCUGACAGAGAUGGAGGCUAUUUCUAAUUCUGUGCUGUCUCAGAAUCACUGACUAUUCACACUGAGGAAGGGCCUCUCAGAGACCACCCGGCCCAGCCCCUCACUUCCGGGUGAAGAUGGGGCAGGAGGUUUCACAACACAGUCCCUCUGCUCUGGAGACACUGGUGAACCUAGCAGGGCUCCUGGUCAGCCUCGUGCUGCUUCCUCUGGUGUCCUAUCGCCCCAGCUUCAGCCUCGGAUGUUUCUUCCUCCUCACUGCCCUCCACAUCUAUGCCAACUACCGGGCGAUCCGUGCCCUCGUCAUGGAGACCCUGAAUGAGAACCGGCUCCGGCUGGUCUUGAAGCACUUUCUGCAGAGGGGAGAGGUGCUGGACACUGCUUCAGCCAAUCAGAUGGAGCCACUCUGGACAGGUUUUUGGUCAUCUCCGUCUCUGUCGUUAGGGGUUCCUUUACACUGCUUGGUCUCCAGUGUCUCUGAGCUGCAGCAGCUGGUUGAGGGGCACCAAGAACCCUAUCUCCUUUACUGGAACCAGUCACGAAACCAGGUACAGGUAGUUUUGAGCCAGAUGGCAGGCCCUGAGGCUGUCCUGAGGGCUGCCACACAUGGGCUGCUGCUCGGAGCCCUGAAGAAAGAUGGACCCCUUCUACAAGAGCUGGAGGAACUGAGGAACCAGGUACAGGCAGGUCCUGAGAAGGAUAGUUGGGCCAUCGUCAGGGAGACGCAUCAGGUGUUGGACAAGCUGUUCCCACAGUUUUUGGAAGGUAAUGUAGGCCCCCUAUCUUCUUAUCCACUGGGACCUUCCUAUACUCACCUAGGAAAUAAAAGACCUGGCUUCUCUCUGUGAUCUUAAGUCUAGGACUCGGUUUCCCUGUCUGUGGAGGGAGGAAGUUAGGAUGGGCUCUGAGGCUGUGUUAGGGUUGACAGUCUGUCAUCCCAGGUAGCAUUUAAGAAGUGGGGAAGGGGUAGGGCUCGUUUACUGAUAAUGACCUUUUAUUUCGGGUGUAUUCCAUACUGCCCCUUUUCUGUGUGCUAUCUCUGAAUUUUGGCCGCCAGCACAUGAAAUUUCAGCGUAGCAUUAUCCCAGAGCUCACCCAGCAGAGGAGUCUAGGCAGCGCACAAGGAC